GUGCAUUUUGGGGGUCUGAGUGGGAAACAUCCGAAGGCCAAUUCAUGAUUUUUGAGCAAUUUACCUUUGAUUAAUUUCAGAACUUAUGUUAGUAUGUGAAAGUUGACAAUACAAUAGUUGGUCUCACAUACACUCAACAGUUUGCAUUAUUGUAAACUGUUUAUCCACUGAACAAGAUAAAUGAAAGGGAUAAAUAGGAAUCAUUUUCGGUUCUCUGUUUAUAAUGAUUUAUGAUGGACUUAACUUUUUUACUGACUUUCUUGAAGGCUAUUCUUCCCAGCAUGGCUACACUGAAGAAGAUUUUUAGGAGAGUCUCAUUGCUGAAGCAACUUACCAUGCUGAAGAUGUAAUCGAGUCGUAUAUUGUGGAUCAAAUUCGUCUUCAGUUAAGAUGUGAUGGAGAAACCAUCAGCUCCAUUCAAUUCUAUCAAGGUAAUACCUGAACUUGUAUAGGUAUCACUCCAAUCUUCCUAAUCAAGUCGUGGUGAUCAUUUGUUUUAAACAUGCCUGCAGAAGGUGAUUGAAAGCAUGAAUUUUAUCAAGAUUGAGAUUUUAAAAAAUAGGUUCAUUGCCCUUUCUUCAAGUUCUCAAAAUGAAAAAUAGUUCACUCAUUGCAUCUGAGUGGGAAACACUUGAAGACCAAUUCUUGAAGCUCAAGUUCUUGCUGAUUGAGGCUUGUGAUAUAGAGUUCUGGAUCACAUACAACACCCACUUUCCAUGGCUUGAGCAUCUGUUACAAUAAAAAAUUAUACUCCCUCUGUCCCACCCUAAGUGGUGCAUUUGUUUUUUGGCAAAGGAUUUUAUGUAGUGUUGUUUUAUGAGUUAAGUGGGGAGAAUAAAGUAAGAAAGAAGAAAAAGUCAACAUAGUGAUGUUUCUAUUUUAAGAAAUGUGUCAUUUAGGGUGGGACAUCGCGAAAAGGAAAAUGUGUCCUUAGGGUGGGAUGGAGGAAGUAGAAGGAAAAGAAAAACGUGCAAUUAGGAACACGCCUUCAUAACGAACACAACAACUAAUAUGCCAGCUGGUGUGCCACAUCAGCUCAAACAGAAAUGAGAGAAGGCAAAUCGAGGAGUAUAAAUACAUAGGUCAUCUUCUUCCAUAGGUGUUCAAGAAAAUUGUCUGUGUCGAUCACUUGGGCUACGAUAUAUGAUCCAAGGUAUUUCUGUCUUAGCUUAUCUUUUUUAAUUUCUGUUAUCCAUUUUCAUUACGUAGAGUUCUUAUUGAUCAUUUGAAGUUAUCAAAGAACCCAUCUGAAAUUCAGCAAAUUGUGUUAUUAUUUGAGUCUCUGUUAUUUGUGUGCAUUUGUUGUGUUGAUCUUGCUGAUUUGUGGAGUUGAGUUCGCAUAAGUGAGCUAAAUGUCCAUUCAAUCUCCAUUGAAGGAGUGUUGACUGUUGAGAGGUUAGUUACAUCAGUUAUGGAGGUGGAUAUCUGUUGGAACUCCUCUUCUCGUUGUUUCUUCUCUGAUACCAGAAAAAGGAUGCAACAGCAUCUUCAUCUUGUCUUUGUGAAAAGGUUGAGGGAGCUUUCUUCAUGGAUGGGAGACAUACCAACACUUCACUUAAUUGAGUUGAAAGGUUGUAGUAAAUCUGUGGUUGAUUCAGCUCAAACAAUUAACGAGAUUUUUCUGGUAUGAAGUCAAGAAGAUUUUUCUAGGUGUGCAGAAGGUGAUAGAAAACAUGAAUUUGAUCAACAUUGAGACUAAAGAGAAGAUGGUUAUAGUCAAAGAUCAACCGAGCAUCAUAAAGUCUGUGAUUACUGCUGCUGCUGCAGGCUCGUCUAGAACUGCUUCUACUACACAUAAGGUUAUAAUGGUUGGUUUUGAUGAUGUCUUGUUGCGAAUGCUGGACAAGAUCACUGGCGGAGGACUCGAUCUUCAAAUUAUCCCGAUUGUUGGAAUGGGUGGGAUAGGCAAGACCACUCUCGCUGGAAAUUUAUAUGUAAGUCCACUUGUCCAACAUCAUUUUGAUGUUCGUGCUUGGUCUACAAUUUCUCAGAAGUAUAAUGCACGAGAAAUUCUUAGGCAAGUUCUUGAUCAAUUAGGCAAGUGGGAUGGGAGUGAUUUGAGUGAAGACGAAUUAGGAUUACAUCUGUACCAAUAUUUGAUAGGAAGGAGGUAUUUUAUUGUGAUGGAUGAUAUGUGGAAUAUUGAGGCAUGGGAUGGAGUUAGGAGAUUCUUCCCAGAUAAUAGUAAUGGGAGUAGAAUAGUAGUAACGACAAGGCUAUCAAACUUGGCAUCUGAAUUUAACUACUCAAAUGGUCUUGAUCUGAAAUUAUUGGAUGAGGAUGUCUGUUGGAAUCUAUUUUCCAAAACUGUGUUCGGGGAAGAAAGUUGUCCCCUUGAGUUGGAGGACAUUGGAAAGAAGAUUGUGAGAGGUUGUAAGGGACUUCCGUUGUCAGUUGCUGUGAUAGGGGGACUCUUAUCAAAGUCUGAACGAACAAAAGAAAGUUGGAGAUUGUUUGAAAAGAAUAUAAGUUCAAUUGUGAAUUUGGAUGAUAAUGAGAGUUGCUUGCAAGUAUUAUACAUGAGUUAUAAUAAUUUGCCAGUUCAUUUAAAACCAUGUUUUCUCUAUAUGGGAAGAUAUGAUGAAGAUGAUGAGAUUCCAGUCUCCCAACUUAUCAUUUUAUAUAUUGCCGAGGGAUUUGUGAAGGCAAUUAAUGGGAAAAGUUUGGAAGAGGCCGCAGAAGAUUAUGUUGAAGAACUCGUUAAUAGAAAUAUGCUUAUAGUUGAAAAACGCCGGCAUUCUGGGAAGCUAAAGUCCUUAAAAAUGCAUGACCUGAUGAGGGACGUAUGUUUGAGAGAAGCUCGAAAAUUGAAGUUUCUCUGUGUGUUGCAUGAGCAGAGCAUUCCACAAGGCAUAUAUUCUCAACGCCGUAUAAAAAGCACGUUAUUGGAAUAUCCAUCUCAACUCCUUCAAUCUUUGGGAUCUGCAUCACUUGUCCGCUCUUUCUUUGGUAGUGGUCCAACAUAUAGUUUCAGAUUGUUGAGGGUAGGAUUUCUAGAGGAAUGCCUGGAGGAAGAAGAUGGUCAUGAAAACUACGAGGAGUUUUUUCUCGAGAGACUUAACUUGCGUCUUCUGGUUGUCAAUGUUGAAGAGCCAUCACCCAUAAUUCCUUCUUCAGUCUCUUUUCUCUGGAAUUUGCAGACAUUGAUUUUAUUAUGUGAUGUGAAGUAUAGCGUUUUUGAGAUUUGGAAGAUGCCUCAACUUAGGCAUGUCAUGACCAAACGAGGGGGGAAACUUAAUGCAGAUUAUCUUCCCGGUCCUCCCAGUGGCGAACAGGAUAUUGUGUUGGAAAAUCUACAGACACUUUAUACAGUGAAAAAUCUCAAGUUUGGUGCGGGGGUGCUUAAAAGAAUCCACAAUAUGAAAAAAAUGAAGUUAUAUUAUGAAGACAUCUCAAUAGAAGAAGAAGAAGAAGGUUAUUGUCUCAACAAUCUUUGUUGCCUCAACAAACUUGAAACUCUUCGGAUUUGGUGUUAUGAUGAUUAUCGCCAUUUGGGGCAAGAAGUGAGCUUUCCGUAUUCUCUCAAGAAGUUGGUAUUAAUAAACACCUAUCUUCGUUGGGAAGACAUGAAAACAAAAAUAGGUGCAUUGCCCCUACUUGAAGUUCUCAAGCUGAAAUGGAAUUCCUUCAUUGGGUCUGAGUGGGAAACAUGUGAAGACCAGUUCUUGAAUCUCAGGUUCUUGCUGAUAGAGGAAUGUGAUCUAGAGUGCUGGAUCACAUACAACACUCACUUUCCACGCCUUGAGCACCUUGUUAUUUGUGAUUUAUUAUUAUUGAGUGAGAUUCCUAUGAGCAUUGGAGAUAUACCAACGCUGCAAUCAAUUAAGGUGGAACGUUGUAGUGAUUCAGUGGUAGAUUCAGCUGAAAUAAUAAAGGAAGAGCAAGAGGAAUUCGGCAAUGAAGACCUUCAAAUCAUUAUAGUUCCCAUGUAUUGAAUUGAGGUUUGGAAAUAUGAAGUUGAAAUUGGAUGAUUGGUAGGAGGAUGUAUUCAGUUUUUUCAGAUGAAGAAGACAUUGUAACGACUUCCGAGUAUGGAUUGUGUGAUGGGUAAAUUACACUCCAUAAAACUAAAUUUACACUUCAUAAAUGAUAAAUCGAUUACUAUUUUUGGGCGAAA